CAGGUUCAUCUAACUUUCUCACUUAUCUCAACAAAUAUUAUCUCUCAUAAAUAAGAAUUAACUAGAAAAAAGGAGAGAGAAACACGAAAAGACUUUCACUAUUAAUUUUAUCAAAGAAUCGAUCACAUUUGACAAGUAGAGCUUAGAAAAAAAACGUAUACAUCACUCCGUUCUCCAGUUAACCUUAAUCUUUAUCCUAUGUAUAUUAUACAUAAUAUAUAUAGGUACAUAUAUGUUUUUGCAUAAUUUAAUACCUAAACAGACAAACUGUCAUCAACAUGGAUGAUGCUGCUGCAUUACAGCGGUUGGAGCAGUUGAUGACUGAAUUUUUUUCAAAUGGAGCUACAAAUGAACGUAUACGUACAAUUGAGCAAAGUUUGCAUGCAUUUACAGCACAAAUAAACUCAUGGAGACCUUGUUUACAUUUUUUAUCAUCAACCAACAAUCAUUAUGUCAGUAUGUUCGCACUAUCAACACUCGAGACGACAAUUGGAAGGAGGUGGCCAAUUUUGCUGUGGGAAGACAGAUCAUUAAUUAGAUCAACACUUUAUACAUUGUCACUUGAGCACAGCGUAGCACCAUUUGUUAGAAACAAAAUAGUUAAAUUAGUUGUCGACAUCGCGAAACAUGACUGGCCACAUUUUUAUCCAGACUUUUUCUCAAAUAUUUUGCAGUUAUUAGGCCACAAACAAACACGUUUAUUGGGCUUGAUAUACUUAAGAACAGCGUCUGAAGAACUGGCAACCCCUAGAGAAGAUUUACCUAUUCAACGAAAGACUGAAUUAUUACGUUUGUUAAGUUCUCAAGUGUCAGUGACACUUGAAGCAUUGACAGUUCUGCUUUGUGAGACGAUGAAAUUGCAAAAUCGCUCGGGUACGAUGACUCCACCACCGUCACCAACAGGACAAAACGUAUUACCACGAGCUCCACUGGAUGUUGAUGCUUUGUCGAUUGGGUGCAGUGAAAUUUGUAUUGUUACAUUGGAAGUACUUGCUCAUUUAUUCAGCUGGAUCGUACCCACUGAUUAUAUUUCUAUAAAUUUACUUGAUGCCAUAUUUACAUGUGCCAAAUAUCAUGAUUCUAUGAAUGGUAAGCAAAUAGAAAUGGUGAUACAAGCAAUGACGACAAUUAAUGAAUUAUUAUAUCGACCAUGCUCGCCAAGUAUAACAGAGACUUUAUUGUUACAAAUUUUUAACAAUGCUGUGGCUUUAUUCCAAAUAAUGGAACGAUUAGAUUCUGUUGAUGAAAGUUACAUCGACAAGACAACAGAAUUCUUACAACUAUUCGUAACAAACCAUCUAAAACGCGUUGAGUCGUGUUCUAAAUUUCCGAUAAACACAUUGCUAGAAGUAUUAUAUCAUCACACAUUCAACCAAUGCACAACAAUCAAUGCAUAUCUACGUAGCCUGGAAGUCUGGAACUCGCUGCUCGAGUCAACUCAAUCUAAAUACGCUUCGGUAAGCCUUGCUCUAGCGGAGCGCGUUCUUCAAAAAAUAAGUUUCAAGCACGAAUCUCGCACUCUAAAAGACUUGGACACCGAGACCCUUGACGAGAACCAGGAAACAGAAUGGCAACAUUUUCUCAGGCGCAACAUCGAGUGUCUUGCUAAAAUAGCUGAGAUAUCACCAGUAGAAAUCUUCACACUUCUCUACCGGUCCUGGCGCGCCGAUCUGGCAAUCUACGGCGAACUCGGAAUUGCGCUGACAAAUAACCACGUUAUAAUACUAAAUGAGUCAGAAGCAUCGAAAGUACACGCACAUUUACGUGAUCUGGCAUCGAUCACCCAAGCGCUAGCUCGUCUCUACUCGUUAUUUCUAUCCGAGCAACCAACAAACAACAACAACGCGACUCAUGAUGAUAUUAAUUCAUUGAUAGAAGAAUUAUUAACCCAAACUCUAGAUGCGUGUGCAUUCGCACGUGACAAUAAACUGUACCACGCAGCAUUACAGCCACCUGCAUUGGUGGUUGAUUUGAUAGAAAUCCACUCGCAAUUAUUGGCAUCACUACAAGCAUGGUCUCACUGGAUUUGUAAACGUACAGAUAAAUCCAAAGACGAAUUAUGCCAACGUUGUAUACAAUCUUGUGUAUGGAUAUUUAAUUUACAUAAUGACAGUAAUUUAUUACCACCGGGAAAUUUGUUACACUCAUCAGUGCAUUUAUUCCAAACAAUAACAGCUGUUCUGCGUCCAAACUUAUGGGAACAAACGGCAUUUCGUGACUGGCUGUGUGUUAAUAAUUAUCCUUAUCUUAAGCCAGAUACUGUUAACGUAUUAAGACGUGCGCUAAUUAAUGGAAUAGUUCUCGUCAAUGGUGAUAACGCUGUAAGACAGCGACUUUUGACUACAUUUAUUCACACCUUGUCCGAACCACUGGGUCAAUGUGGACAAGCGAUUCCCAAUGACAUCAAUAUAUCAUCAGCUAUUGUGCCAUUGAAGCAAUUACUUGAAGAUUGUUGUUCAUUGUCGAUGACUAUUAAAAAAUUACUGUACCAGUGCUUGGAGGACACUAUCAACCGUGUUCUAGAGCUACUACCCCAUUUAAUUAGGUCGCAAACGACCUGCGAGAUAAUAAUGAAUUUUCUGCACGCAAUGUUUCUUGUUUUACAGCAACAACUUGGUGUUGACUUUACGCAGAACGCUGUUCAGGGAAUGUUGAAUAUUUAUACUAGUGAAAAUAUAACUGCAGGUCCAGCGUUAGACCAAUUGUUGGAGAUAUUGAUACUUGUUGUAUCAGCACCAAGCAAUGCAUUUAAAGCUUUUGUACCUUCUGUCAUUAAUUUAUGCUUGGGACAAGUUUGGCCUGCUGUUAGUAAUAAUUUAAAUAAUUGUAUUGAUACUACUUUAGUAUUACUUAAAUUAUUUAACAGUAUUUUGUUACACAGAUGGCAAUACUUUUAUAAUGUAUCCGUCGUGCGUGCAUUUGGACACGCUGAGAGAGAAGAAAUAGUUGAAAAUAAAGAAGAACUUGUUGCUAUUUUAGAAAUAUUUGGACAAGCAUUAUUGCAGCUUGAUGUCAAUAUAUUUCGUCAGAGUUUACAGAGUUUGGAGCAAUUAAAUACAAGGUGGAGAUUGUAUCAAAGGGAAGUUUUUAAAAAUCAUCUACUGGAACGGUUUUUGAUGGCAUUAUUUACAGUGUUGAUUCAAAAAUCGCAUAAUUUACUAGCAGAUGAAAUAGCAAUAGCAAUCCACAAUUUAGCAUCUGUAAAUAUAACGUGGUUCUUUAAUAAUUUUUUAAUGACAUUUUUGGCUAAUUGUGAGUGUCUUGAUGAUACACAGCGAUCAACUUUGCUUAAUAAUUUUGAUAAGUCAACGGAUCAGCCAACGCUUACGAGAUCUGUACUGCGAUUUGUAUCUGAUCUGCGAUGUUAUCAAAUGUGUCAACUAGUGUAAAUAAAAUUCCACGACUAUAAGAUUUUUUAAAUUAAUAUUAAAACAGAUUUUUUAUCAAUUUUUCAUCUAAAUAGAAUAAACUUAUAAUUAAUAACAGUAUAGUGAAACACUGCCGUACUUUUAUAAUGUGAAUGAACUGUUGAAAAAAAAAAAAAAUUAAAUUAAGAUUUGAUUAGUGAAAAAAAAAA